CAAGAUCCCUUGCAGUAGUAAACAUGGAGCCUCAAGUGUUGCCAUUCAGCCAAUCAUGGAGAGACCCGGAAGCACUUCUUUCAGGCUGUAUUCGGCGUGUGAUUUUUGCUUCUCUAUUGACUUAACGAAGGGAGUCAGUUACUUUUUCGUUCGUUAUGUCUGACAAGGCGCUGCGGGUCUUGGCUUGUGGUGAUGUGUAUGGGAAAUUUGAUGUAGUUUUCAACAGAGUUCGCGCUAUCCAGAAGAAGAGUGGACAAUUUGAUUUAUUAAUCUGCGUUGGAAGUUUUUUUGGUACAAGCCCUGAAAGUCAAGCUCAAUGGGAAGAAUAUAAAUCUGGAGCAAAGAAAGCUCCAAUUCAAACAUAUGUCCUGGGAGCCAAUAAUCAAGAAACCGUUAAAUAUUUUCAGGAUGUCGACGGCUGUGAAAUGGCCCCAAACAUAACAUACUUGGGUCGUAAAGGGUUACUUACUGGUACGUCAGGCCUUCAGAUAGCCUAUGUAAGUGGCAUAGAGUCAAGCAGUGACCCGGCUCCAGCGUAUUGCUUUUCUGCAAAGGACAUCUUGUCUCUAAAAACAACGUUGGCAUCAAAUUCAAAAUUCAAAGGUGUAGAUAUAUUAAUGACAUCCCUUUGGCCCAAAGAGGUGUGGAAUUAUGGUAAUGCCCCGACCAAUGAAUCCUCUAAAAAAUGUGGAUCUGCUUUGAUAGCUAACCUUGCAUUGAGCCUAAAACCCAGAUAUCAUUUUUCUGCAUUGGAGGGAGAAAAUUAUGAGCGACUUCCUUACAGAAAUCAUUUGGUCUUGCAAGAAAAUGCCCAGCACGUGAGUCGGUUUAUUGCUUUGGCAAGUGUUGGCAACCCUGAUAAGAAAAAGUAUAUCUAUGCAUUCACUAUUUUACCAAUGAGUGCAAUGGAUCCUGCAGAACUAGUGAAACAGCCACUAGAUGUCAGUGAAAACCCUUAUAGAAAAUCUGGAAAAGACACAAGGAAGAGUAAGAGUACAGACGCCAUAGGAGAGGAAGAGCCAGCGCAGCAGUUUUUCUUUGAUUUGAAUAAGCAGCAUGGAAAGAAACGUCAGUCGGAUGGACGAGGUGGUGCAAAUUCUAAGGAUAAGCAACCCAGGAAGCAUCCCCAGCCAACAGGCCCGUGCUGGUUUUGUCUUGCUAGUCCUGAAGUAGAGAAGCACUUGGUGGUCAGCAUAGGCACUCAUUGCUAUGUUGCUCUUGCGAAAGGAGGAUUAACAUCAGAUCAUGUUCUGAUUUUGCCAAUAGGACACUAUCAGUCUAUGGUUGACAUGUCCUCUGAAGCUAUGGAAGAAGUUCAUCAAUACAAAACUGCUCUGAAGAAAUGUUAUAAGGCAAAAGGGAAGAGAUAUGUGAUGUUCGAGAGGAAUUACAGGAGUCAGCAUCUGCAACUACAAGUGGUUCCGCUGCCGCUGCAGUGCUGCUCAACUGAAGACAUAAAAGAAGCAUUUAUUGUACAAGCACAGGAACAGAACAUUGAAUUAUUGGAAAUCCCAGAGCACUCGGACAUCAAACAAAUUGUACAGCCAGGAACACCAUACUUUUAUGUUGAACUGGAUAGUGGAGAAAAGCUUUUUCACAGGAUUAAGAAACAUUUUCCCUUACAGUUUGGAAGAGAAGUUUUGGCCAGUGAAGCCAUUUUAAAUAUCCCAACCAGAGCAGACUGGAGAGAGUGCAAGUCUACCCGAGAAGAAGAGGAAUCUUUUGCGAAAUCUUUCAGAAAGGAAUUUGAACCCUUUGACUUCUCAUUACAGGAUUAGAAGCUACCAGCAUUGGGUUUAUUGUUAUUUUUACUGAAAUUGUAACUACUUCAUGCAACUUUAUGCUGCAGUAAUGGCCUAUGAAACUCAUGGCUAGAAAUUGCAGUUUAUUUUGUAAUAAAAAUAAUUUUGUAAAAAGGA